AGCCAGGCUCGAGUCGGUGACUCAGCCAAUCAGCGCGAGGACUGUCUGUUCCCAAUUCACUACUUUCAAAACAUUUGCGCGUGGAGCUCGCGGGCUGAGUCCCAUUACAUCACCGACAGCCAUAAAGAAGCAGUCCGGCUCACCGGAGGGACAACAAGAAGACAAUCAUCCGCGAGCUCAGAGGAGCGCGUGAGGACAACGAGCUGAACUAAUGGACAUACUUUCCUCCAAAGACAUGAAGAGACCCAGGACGGUGGGCUGCAGCAUCAAGCUGUUUGUCCUGUGCCACGGCCUCCUGCAGCUCUCCCAGCUGCUGUACAGCGCCUGCUUCAAGAGCACCAUCAGCACAAUCGAGAGACGCUAUGGCCUCAGCAGCUACUCCUCUGGAACCAUUUCCUCUCUCCACGAGGUCAGCAACAGUGUGCUGAUAGUGUUCGUGAGCUACUUUGGAAACCGGGUCCACCGUCCCAGACUCAUCGGAAUCGGCGGACUGCUGAUGGCUGUCAGCGCCAUGAUGCUGACCUUACCUCACUUCUUAUCCCAGCCCUACGAAUACGACUCUGUUUUACACAAUCGCCAUGACAUUUGCGUCCUGCAGAGGAACUCGAGCAGCCUCGAGUCCUGUGGCCGCGAAGAGACCAGACGUCUGGCCGACACCCACAACCUGUGGCUGCUCAUGGCCAGCGCUCAGCUGCUCUUCGGCUUGGGCUCGGUGCCCAUCCAGCCGUUUGGGAUUUCCUACAUCGAUGAUUUUGCUGGGCCCGGCAACUCCCCUCUCUACAUAGCCAUCCUGUUUUCUGUAUCUGUAUUCGGGCCAGCCAUUGGAUACCUGCUGGGCUCAGUCAUGCUGCGGAUCUACGUGGACGUGGACAAAACUGGUUUAGGAGCUGAACAAGAGCUGAGGCCGACUGAUCCCCGCUGGGUCGGGGCCUGGUGGAUGGGCAUGCUCAUCACCUCCGGCUGCCUGCUCCUCACAUCCAUCCCGUACUUCUUCUUCCCCCGUAGAAUGCCCGCAGAACAUAAUUUGAUUGGAAGUGAAAGUGACAUGAAUGAUGACUUCAAGAAGCCAGAUAACUCUUUACUUGAUUUCCUGAAAAUGUUUCCCAGGAUGUUCGUCCGCCUCCUGUUGAGUCCUCUCUUCCUGAUGCUUGUCCUGGCCCAGUGCUGCUUCUCCUCAGUCAUCGCAGGUCUCGCCACGUUCCUCAACAAGUUUUUGGAGCGACAGUACAGCGCUUCGACGGCAUACAGCAGCCUGCUAGUGGGUGCUGUGAAUCUGCCGGCAGUAGCGGUGGGGAUGUUGAUAGGCGGGGUCAUCAUGAAGAGGGCGGGUCUUACUCUGAAGACCAUCCCACGCUUCAGUGUGGCCAUGCUGACCACGUCUACCCUCCUAUGCAUCCCUCUCUUCUUCAUGGGCUGUCCCACACAAAAAGUCUCAGAGGUCAAUCACGACCAGAUCGGACAGUAUGGGUCUCCAUCCCUGUGCUACUCCAACUGCUCCUGCCCUACCAGUGCCUUCAACCCUGUGUGUGGCUCUGAUGGUGUCGAGUAUAUUUCUCCUUGCCAUGCUGGCUGCACCAACUUCACCAAAGACCCCAACAACACCCACAGGGUUCAGCUGUAUACCAACUGCAGGUGUAUAUCUGGGAGCCAGAGUAGCGCCCGCCCGGCUUCAUGUCCUAACAGCUGCCCUCAUCUUCUUCUCCCCGUCAUUCUGGUCAUCUCUCUGGCGUCAAUGAUCGCCUGCCUCAGUCACAACCCCAUGUACAUGAUGGUGCUCAGAUGUGUUCCCUCCGAAGAGAAGUCAUUCGCUAUAGGAAUUCAAUUUUUACUCAUGAGAGUAUUAGCCUGGCUACCCGCCCCUGCUCUCUUCGGGACGGCCAUUGAUACGUCAUGUAUUCGGUGGAGGAGUGUGUGUGGAGAGAGGUUUAGCUGUGGUUACUAUGACAACAACAUCUUGAGGAACCGGUACUUGGGCCUACAGGUGGGUUAUAAGGUCAUGGGUAUCGUCCUGCUGAUGAUGCUGGGGUGGAAGGCGAAGCGGACCCAGGAGUACAGUCUGGAGAAGAGGCCUGAAGGACCUCUGUGACCCUGCUGAGAUCCAAGCCUCUCUGUCUCUUAAAGCUUUGCUGUGGUGCUUAAACAUGUUGAAGAACAGUGUGCACAGCAAAGCUGUGUCAGUAGGAGGAAGCCACAGCCGAGACAGGCCUACACUGACCUCAAUUUCUGUAGGCCCACUUCCCUACCUGGUGCCUCACUGGCUGGAGUUAUGAUAUACAUUUCCCAAAAGGGAAAAUGUCUGAUGUUUUUGGAUGCUUUAAAGCUUAUGAUUGGAAUUUCUCUGACAAUAUGACACACUUAUUACAAGUUAAAGGACCAGUGCGUAGGAUUUCGGGGGGAUCUAUUAGUAGAAAUGGAAUAUAAUGUCCAUAACUAUGUUUUCAUUAGUGUAUAGACCCUUUUUGUGUCAAUGUCAUAAUUACGUCACAGUGUUAGCUGCAGUCAAAACAAAGAAAAAGGCUGGAGGCAAACACAAGUGGUGGGCUGAAGUUACACAUCAAAAAUGUCAUCUUGCUGUGUUGUUGGUUUCAAAAAUCAAGAUAUCACAUACAUUUAAGAUGACAAACUGUGAUUCGAGGCUCUUCGAGCUACAAUAUCGGCGAAACUUUUCAGAGAUGAAGAGUAAAUGUUGCUAAUAUUUAUGUCGCUCUGCAAUGUUUAUACAGUAGCCCAGAACAGACAAACCAAACACUGACUCUAAAGAGAGCCUUUCAUGUUUUUAUGUCACCUGAAGGCCACUGUAAUUCUCCGGGGGGGUAUUCAGUUGGUUGCAAUCUGCAACCUCACCACUAGAUGCCACUAAAUCCUACACACUGCUCCUUUAAGAGAGGACAGCUAAAACACCUCUCUUGUGUGGUACCUCACAAUAUUGUAGAUGCAUCUGAGACAGAGUUCAAACAACAGAUAAAUACCUUUGUAUAUUACUUGUUCCUAUAAAUCUAUUCAGGUUUCUAUUUCCAAUGGGAACAUAUUCUGUAACUAAUUAACUGUAUUAGCUUAAUAUUUAAGUUUAUUUUUUAUAGAUGUUUGUCUCAUACACAGAGACAUCUGUGAUAACUGCAAUACUCGUUUCACAUAUGAUGAUCACAUGUAACACUUGUUUUAAUUGCAAUGCUAAUGAAUUUUCAGAUAUCAACACUGUUACUCAUAAAUUUAAUUAACCACUCAUAUUAUGCUAUAUACUGAUGUGGUUAUAUUGGUUACAGUGGAGUGCAUAAACGUGUAAGCAUUACUGGCUAAUAUACAGUACAAUUAACCAA